GGGGAAGUUUGGCCGCUCUCAGGCGCCGUAGCUGCCGCUCCGAGCGGGAAGUGCGAACAGGCCGCGGCGGGGCCCAGAACGUGGCCUGAAGGAGUGAGGGGCAUGAAAAAGACACUGUCAGCACCUGAGGCCAGCUCUAGUGUGCAGCAGACACUCAGUCUCCUGAGCUGAGUUAAACAUUUCCAUUUGUAACCUCUCAGUGAGCAUCUUUUCCUCCUGCUGAACUUAACAGAACAUUACUUCACUUGUCUCAAGUCAUCAAGGUUGUUUACCUAGAGAUAUCAGAAAUUCAACUGGGCAGUUCUAUUGUGUGCAGCUUAUCCACAAGCAAUUGCAUCAUCUCUUUCCCACUCUUUUUAAACUGUGGAGUGGCACAGGCCUGUCUUGAUUAGGAACAUCUGCCCCAUUACACUUGAAAGAGAUACCUCAGCUCUGUCAGAAACAGGGAUGCCUGAGAGCCAGGGGAAGGACAGUGAGAGCUGCAGCAGCACCAGCUCCAACACUGGGGACUCAGUGGCUUCCUUUGGACAGUAUCAGUACACAGCCAGCGAGUAUGGAGCCAUCCAGCACGCGCUGCGCCGGAGGCUGGGCCCCGACUACAUCAGCAGCCGGCAGGCAGGAGGAGGGCAAAAGGUCUGUUACAUUGAGGGUCACAAGGUCAUCAGUCUGGCCAAUGAAAUGUUUGGCUUCAAUGGCUGGGCUCACUCAGUCACUCAGCAGAAUGUUGACUUCGUUGACCUCAACAAUGGCAGGUUCUACGUGGGUGUCUGUGCUUUUGUGAAAGUUCAGCUUAAGGAUGGGUCAUACCAUGAAGAUGUGGGGUAUGGAGUCAGUGAAGGCCUGAAAUCUAAAGCCUUAUCCUUAGAAAAGGCAAGAAAGGAGGCAGUAACAGAUGGACUGAAGAGAGCACUCAAGUGCUUUGGCAAUGCCCUGGGGAACUGCAUCCUGGACAAGGACUACCUGCGAGCCGUGAACAAGCUUCCCCGGCAGGUACCCCCUGAGUUAGACUUGGUCAAAGCUAAAAUGCAGGACUAUGAGCCUGAAAUAGAGCAAGCAAGAUACAGCAGCUAUGUGGAAAGGCAGAAUGCAGCAGGGAGACAGCCCUGUGAGGUGACACCUGGCUGUAAGCCUGGCCAGACAGAGGCUGCUGUUGUGACAGCAGAUCAGAAACAGCCCAAUGCUCCCAGAAGCACAGACUCCUUGGCCAUGGAGUGUGAUGCCACUUACCAGAGGAAACUGCGCCAGAAGCGGCUGCAGCAGCAGUUCCGGGAGCAGAUGGAGAAAAAGCAGCAGGUCCCAGGAGUCACUCCCAGCAGCAAACAGGCAAAAGCCGAUGCUCCUGUGAAGCACAGCACUCCAGCAGAAGUGCAACAGGAGCUGGCCAUAGAAGAGGAGUUCUUUGCAGAUGAUCCUGAACUUUGGGACAUUUCCCUGGAGAGCACUGACCUGAAGGUAACGGGUGCCAAAAUGUCAGAGCCCUCAGCAGCUGCACAGCAGGCACCUGAGACACCCCGUGGCCACCAGCAGCUGAGCACUUGCUGCAGGACACCCCACAGGGGGAGCCAGCACAGAGCUGCUGCCAGGCUGGCACAGCUGCAGCCCCCUGCUGCAGCCCCCAGCACCAGCUGUGCCCCCCAGCACACCCCAGGUAUGUGCUGCCACAGGGGACUGAGCUCUGGCUUCACUACUGGGGCUCUUGGGAAAGUCCAGUGGGAGGAACAUUCCUUUCUUUUGGACCUGGCUGCAGAAGCUGGGACAGUGCUCUUGGAAAACUGCUUUUUUCCAUCCUACUGUCCUAUCAAGGAAGAGUUAGAAUUGAGGAACCUACUUAGAGGCAGAAAAAAAUAUCCAUUUCUCACCUUCUCCCUGUGUGGCAGGGUGCAGCCCCAUCAGGAGAAGUCAGAGCUUGAAGAAAAGGAGACUGGAACCUACGUGAGGCACCCGGUGGGAUCUGUGCCUCUGUCAUGGAUUACAUCACAAGGCUGCAGCUGCCUUUCCAAAUUGUGUCACAUGGACUCUGCUGCACAUUACAGUGAAGCAACAGAAAAGAACUUCAUGUACUCUCAGGUUAUUAUGUACUUCAGAUGCCUUUUUCUAUAACCACACCAUUAUUUGUGCUUCUGCAGCGCGAGACUUGUGGCCGUAUUACAAGUGGAUAUUACCUGUAAAUUGCCUUAAGCAGUAACAGAAUGGAUUGUUAAAAAUGAGAUGCAGUUCACAGCUUGUCUCUCCCUCAGUGCUGCAUUCCAGCACGGAGAUUUUCAGUGCAAGGGGGAGCAGGGGGUUGUGGCCAGGGGACAGAAGGUAGAAGCUGUGGCUGCACACCCGGGGUGACACUGGCGGUGUCUGAUGUGCUGCACCGCUGUUUUUAAAUAAGCUUUCAACCCCUUUCAACACAGAAAUAAACAUGAAUUUAAAAAACAAACCCUGCUGGGAGGUGUUGGUGCCUCUGCCCUGCUGAACAGCCUCACAGGAGGCACUGUGUCCUAAAGGUGUCAGUGCUGCACCUGCACAGCUCCUUUGCUUUAGGAUGGGGAAACAGAAACCUC